AUGGGUUGCGGUGCUUCCAAGGUCGACAAGGAGGGGCAGGCGCGCAACGAUGCCAUUGAUGCACAGCUGAAAAAAGACCGUCUCGCGCAGAAGAACGAGAUCAAGAUGCUUCUUCUCGGUGCCGGUGAAUCAGGCAAAUCCACCAUCCUCAAACAGAUGAAACUCAUCAACCAUGGCUCCUACUCGGCAGAAGAGCGCGAGUCGUACAAGGAGAUCAUCUUUUCCAACACAGUCCAGUCGAUGCGCGUCUUGCUCGAUGCCAUGGAGCGUCUCGACAUCCCUCUCGCCGACGGCACAAACGCACCACGCGCCGAGAUCAUCCUCGGUCUUUCGCCCAGCAUUGAAUCCUCGGUGCUUCCGAGACAAGUCGCCGACGCCAUUCAUGGCCUCUGGGCCGACGCAGGUGUCCAGGCGUGUUUCGCGCGAAGUCGCGAGUACCAGCUCAACGAUUCGGCCAAGUACUACUUUGAUUCGAUCCAACGCAUGGCGGAACCGAGCUACCUGCCCACCGACCAAGAUGUAUUGCGCUCGCGUGUAAAGACGACCGGUAUCACGGAGACGCACUUUAAGAUUGGCGAGCUCAACUACAAACUCUUUGACGUCGGAGGCCAGCGUUCCGAGCGCAAAAAGUGGAUCCACUGCUUUGAAAACGUCACCGCCAUUAUCUUUCUGGUCGCCAUCUCGGAAUACGAUCAGCUUCUGUACGAGGAUGAGAAUGUGAACCGUAUGCAGGAGGCGUUGACGUUGUUCGACAGCAUCUGCAACUCGCGCUGGUUCGUCAAGACUUCGAUCAUCCUGUUCCUUAACAAGAUCGACCUGUUCAAGCAAAAGCUGCCCAUCUCUCCUAUGGCCGACUACUUUAGCGACUAUACGGGCGGAGCGGAUUACAAUUCAGCGUGCGAGUACAUUGUCAAUCGCUUUGUCAGCUUGAACCAGAGCGAUGCCAAGACGAUCUAUACGCACUUUACCUGUGCCACCGACACAAGCCAGAUCAAGUUUGUCAUGUCGGCAGUCAACGAUAUCAUUAUUCAGGUCAACCUGCGCGAUUGCGGUUUGCUCUAG